AGUACACCCCUGGACUGAGAGGAAAUUAACUCUGGGACAAGGAAAACAGUAAACUACGUGAAAUAAGACCUAUCUUAACAGAGAUGUGAUCGGUUUCGGUAGCCGAUUAGAAAAACUAACAUUCCAGAGGCGACGUGAGUAAAGAAUAAAAACCAAGCCUACAAAGUAUUGAAAGUGAGAACGCUAGACAGCGUAUUUAUUGCAUGGUGCCCAGUGCAAUUUAUUUACGCUUGGGGAGGUGGUUUCGAUAUUUGUUUGCUUUGGAAAUUCUUUCGAACAACUGCAAGAAGGUGUUUGGCAAGCCAUCUAGUAGCUAGGUGACCGUAUUCAGUUGCGCCUUCCGUUUCUUUCAUUGAACGUCUAUACGGGAUAUUUGAUAAGAACGGAUUUUACCAUCACCCCGUAAUGUUUCACUGUAUACCUCUGUGGCGGUGCAACCGUCAUGUUGAAUUGAUCGAUAAGCGGCACUGCUCUCUGUUGUACGUCCCGGAUGAGAUCUACCGCUACAGUCGGAGUUUGGAGGAACUUUUGCUGGACGCUAACCAACUCCGCGACUUGCCCAAGCCAUUCUUUCAGCUGGUAAAGCUACGAAAGCUGGGCCUGAGUGACAACGAGAUCCAGAGGCUUCCUCCAGAGAUAGCCAACUUCAUGCAGCUGGUAGAACUUGAUGUCUCUCGUAAUGACAUCAUGGAAAUUCCAGAGAGCAUUUCGUACUGCAAAGCUCUCCAAGUAGCAGACUUUAGUGGAAACCCAUUAACAAGAUUGCCUGAGAGUUUUCCAGAGCUCCGGAAUUUAACAUGCCUUUCCAUCAAUGACAUUUCAUUGCAGGCUCUUCCCGAAACCAUUGGAAACCUCUCCAACUUGGUGUCACUGGAACUCCGAGAGAACCUGCUGACAUAUUUACCAGAGUCACUAUCGCUACUUCACAGACUUGAAGAACUUGACCUAGGGAACAAUGAAAUUUACAAUUUGCCUGAAACAAUAGGCUGUCUUGUCAGCUUAAAGAACUUGUGGCUGGAUGGAAACCAGUUGGCUGAAAUACCUGCAGAGAUAGGCAGCAUGAAAAGCCUCCUGUGUCUAGACGUAUCAGAGAACAAGCUGGAGCACCUUCCAGAGGAGAUGGGUGGCCUGGUCUCCCUUACUGACCUGCUGGUGUCCCAGAACCUCAUCGAUGCUCUGCCAGAGGGCAUAGGAAAACUAAGGCGACUGUCUAUAUUGAAAGCAGACCAGAAUCGUCUUGCCCAGCUGCCAGAGAGCAUUGGCAACUGUGAGAGUCUCACUGAACUGAUGCUCACAGAGAAUCAGUUACAGAGUUUGCCAAGAAGUAUUGGAAAACUAAAGAGACUCUCCAACUUCAACUGUGAUAGAAACCGACUAGCGUCAUUACCAAAAGAGAUUGGAGGUUGCUGUAGCCUGAAUGUCUUCUGUGUACGAGAGAACAGGCUUACAAGGAUUCCCUCUGAGAUCUCUCAGGCCUCAGAGCUGCAUGUGUUUGAUGUCUCUGGAAAUAGACUGCUCCACCUACCCGUAUCUCUGACCACGCUGCGACUCAAGGCCCUGUGGCUGUCAGAGAACCAGUCCCAGCCUCUGCUCACCUUCCAGAAUGACAUAGACCCAGAGUCUGGGGAAAAGGUGCUCACCUGUGUUCUCCUGCCCCAGCAGCCUUUAGAACCAGACAGUAAAGGCUUAGACAACCUGGCUCGCUGCGGUGCUCUGGAGAGCCUGGUGAAUGACAUGGUGGAUGACACCUGGGACGACAAGGCCAUGAAGAGGAUCAGUGCCAUCCACUUCCUGGAUGAUAACGAUGAUGAGGAUGAUGAAAAGGGAAGGCUGAUGCGACAGGCCACUCCUCACCCAGGCGAGCUGAAGACUAUGAAGAAAGCGGUGGAGAACCUCCGCAAAGACCUGAACGCUGCCAAAGCCCUGGAUUCCAACAAAAACGAGGUCAAUAACGCUACAGUCACCACGUCUGUGUGACUUCUACCUCAGAAACAUUCUGAUCUCCUGUGUCUUUCACCAUGUUCUCCUACCCCCUCUGCGGCCUACCUAUCUCUCCUGUGGCUCAACCCUGGGACUCUGCUGUGAUCCUCUUGUCCAGUACCUUACUUAAUCUCCAAUACCCACCAUGGUAUCUGGCUCAUACUACCAGGGCCCAUGUGCCUUCUUUUCAAACUGUUGUGCUAUAUUUUUUAACAUAGCAAUAAUCUGCACAGGUGUGGUCCUUUUCAAAGAUAUUUUUUAAAUAUAGUGCUUUUUAAAGAUUUAUUUCUACAUUUAAAAGAAAAUGGACAAUAGGUAGUUGCACUACUGUAAGUCUUUAGUAUAUUAAAUAUUGUUGACAUCUUCAUAAAUAUGAUAUAUAUAUAUUUGUUCUAUUUUUAUUUUUUAGAACACAGGGUGAAUUUUUAUUGUAGAAAAUUUGGGUAUACUUAAAACCGAGGAGUGUUUUUGACCUACUGAUUUAAGGAUUAUUGUAUAGUCAUUUGUGAAUAUUGAUACUUUUAUACUUUUUGGCAGCUCAGAUGGUGUACAUUUAAAACAAUGUAUAGCAAGUUUCUUAAUCUAUCGCAGAUUUUUUUUUAAACGUUAUAACUUGGUACGUAUUUUAUUUCCUUUUAAGUAUUUUCCUUUUUAGUAAAGAAAUGAACAAAAAUGCAGUUGCUAAUGUCUUAUCGAAACAAUGUAAUUGUCUUUGGGUGAGUAGACAGCCUCAAAUAUUUUCUACGCCAUUGUUUAACUUCUUUAUCAAAUCCUAAACUCAUUUUGAUAUAGACACGUUUUGUAAUUUAGUAAUUAAGGGCUGAUAAUGAGGAACAUGUACCUUAACCACUCUCCCACAACAGAUUGAGUGGAAGUGACAGGGCUGUCUUACUUUCUUUUAUUGCGCUUUACUGCGUUGAAAUGUUUUCUUAAAUAGAUACUGGGUGGCAGGUAACCUAGCGGUUAAGAGUGUUGGGCCAGUAACCUAAAGGUCACUGGUUCGAAUCGCUGAGCCGACUAGGGAAUAAAAUCUGUUGAUGUGACCUUGAGCAAGGCACUUAACCCUAAUUGCUCCUGUAAGUCGCUCUGGAUAAGAGCGUCUGCUCAAUGACAAAAAUGUAAAAAAUGUAAAUACUUUAUCAGAAACUGCUGAAUUUCUCGAUGCGUCUCUUUCUCUUCAACACAUGAGCAUUGGACUUUCAUUGGCCAAUUUCAGUACAUGCAAGGAAAUGAGGACCAGGGUGGAACCUUUUGGAAAAUGCAGUUGUGUGAGCAUGGACUCAUGCACUUCUUAAAGUUUUUUGCGUCUUAAUAAAAAUGGUUUGUUGUUCAUAUGGUACACUACAACAAGAUUUUACUUUUUUGUUUUAAUUGUAUUACCAGGAGAGGACCAUAUACAUUUGUUUUAAUGUUGAUUUUAUCUUUAUUUUAAAUUAUUUUAUUUUGUGAUUAAGCUGCACAAAAACACAAUCUCAAAUAGGCACGGACACUGAGCCUACAGAUUUUGAUGACUUUUACCACUGAUAAAAUAAAAGGGGUUUAAAACUAAA